UAUAAGCUUCUGCAUCCUUCACAGAUAUAUAUGAAUCAGAGCUUGCCACUUCUCCCAUCUUCUUCUUCUUCUUCUUCUUCUCAGCUCUGAUUUGAGUUCUUGGUUUCAGAGGAGAGCCCGAAGUGUUUGCCUACAAGGUACGAGAUCUAAUUCCCCGUGAAACAUGUCCCAUUUCUUGCACGAUCAAUCUCAAUCAAUGGCAGCUCCCCGGAUAAAAAGAUCCCGAAAAUGGACAGACUAGCCAAAAGGGUCCUCAAGAACCAUUCUUGUUUUUAGUUCUUCUUUGCUCACGGGUUCAAAAUCGGCAACUUACCAUGCAGUGGAGCUGUGCGAUCUUCGGCCAUGUCCUUGAUUGAAUGAAAUCGGUCUCUGUUGGCGUCAAUUCUGCAACUGAUGAUACCAGGAGGGCGAAAAACAGCUGAUUGUGAUUUUUUCAACAGUGACUGUUAAUGAUUGAUUGGCUAAAAAGUUUCCUUGAGUUUCAAGCAACUGAUAAUACGCCUCCCACUUUGGUUUCCACUCCUUUGGCUUUACUUUGUUUGGUGCGAAAAGAUCCAUUUGCCAUUUCCCCUUUUUCUGCCUUUUUAGACUUAGUAGGGAAGGGAGGAAAGAGAAGUGGUGGUGCUGCGAGUGAGGACCACUUCAUGGCGAUCUUCGCUAUGCCCAUCUCCUCUUUCUUUCGGGUUUCCAAUUCUGAUAUCCCUAUAGGGCCCAAUCUCAUGUGGGUAGUAUAAAGGCAAAGUGGAAUUGGGAGAGUGAUACUUUGCCGGGGUAGUUGCUUCUCCGAGAUCUCGGCGAGUUCUCACAGUGUCUUUGGUUGGCUCGCUGGGGUCUUGAUUAAUUCCCCAUGCAUUUAUGAUCUUUGUUGUGCUGGUGAUUUGAAGACCUGGGACUGGGACCAUGAGGCACAAGGAUGGGAAGCCGGGGUCCCUCCCAGAUAGAGGCCAGAAGAAUAUUUCCACGAUGAUUCUCUUCUUUGUUUUCUGUGGUUUAUCAUUUUAUCUCGGGAAGAUUUUCUGCUCCCAGACGAGCAGAUUUUAUCCCGUGGAAGUCAGGGAUGUCACUAAGGAAUCAGGAUCUGCUCCUCUCAAGAUGAAAUCCAUUUCCUUUCCCGAGUGCAGCAUUGAGUACCAAGAUUACACUCCAUGCACGGAUCCAAGGAGGUGGAAGAAGUAUGGUACUCAUCGACUUACUUUCAUGGAGCGUCACUGCCCUCCGGUUUUUGACAGGAAGGAAUGCUUGAUUCCACCACCUGAUGGGUACAAGCCACCAAUUAGAUGGCCAAAGAGCAGAGAUGAAUGUCGGUACAGAAACGUGCCAUAUGAUUGGAUCAACAAGCAGAAAUCCAAUCAGAACUGGUUGAGGAAACAGGGGGAGAAGUUCCUUUUUCCGGGUGGGGGUACUAUGUUCCCUAGAGGAGUCAGUGCCUAUGUGGAUCUGAUGCAAGAUAUGAUCCCGGAGAUGAAAGAUGGCACCAUUCGAACUGCCAUUGACACUGGUUGUGGGGUUGCUAGCUGGGGAGGUGAUCUAUUAGAUCGUGGUAUUCUGACGGUCUCUCUUGCCCCACGAGACAAUCAUGAAGCUCAAGUCCAAUUUGCAUUGGAGCGGGGAAUACCAGCAAUACUUGGCAUCAUAUCUACUCAGCGUCUACCUUUUCCUUCACACUCCUUUGAUAUGGCCCAUUGCUCAAGAUGCCUUAUCCCAUGGACAGAAUUCGGUGGAAUUUACCUCCUAGAGGUACACCGGAUCCUACGCCCAGGAGGAUUCUGGGUCCUUUCUGGACCACCGGUCAACUAUGAGAAUCGCUGGAGGGGAUGGAACACCACUAUAGAAGAGCAGAAAACAGAUUACGAGAAGCUGCAGGCGCUGCUUUCCUCGAUGUGCUUCAAGUUGUAUGCCAAAAAAGAUGAUAUUGCAGUUUGGCAGAAAUCUUCAGAUAAUAGCUGCUACAAUAAGCUGUCUGAUCCCGAUGCCUAUCCACCAAAAUGUGAUGAUAGCCUCGAACCAGAUGCAGCUUGGUACACUCCUCUACGGUCCUGCGUGGUUGUCCCGAACCCAAAGCAUAAGGGAACAGGUCUAAUGUCAGUUCCUAAGUGGCCUGACCGGCUCCAUACUGCUCCAGAACGAAUCUCAGAUAUUCAUGGUGGGAGCACGAGUGCUUUGAAGCAUGAUGACAGCAAGUGGAAGGCAGGUAUGAAGUAUUAUAAGAAGUUGCUUCCUGCGAUCGGGACCGAUAAGAUAAGGAACGUGAUGGACAUGAACACUGUCUAUGGAGGAUUUGCUGCAGCUCUGAUUGAGGAUCCUCUGUGGGUCAUGAAUGUGGUUUCAUCUUAUGCUGCUAACACACUUCCUGUUAUUUAUGACCGAGGACUAAUUGGAACUUACCACGACUGGUGUGAGGCCUUUUCAACAUAUCCCCGGACAUACGAUCUACUUCACCUUGAUGGUCUCUUCACUGCAGAGAGCCACAGGUGCGACAUGAGGUAUGUUCUUUUAGAAAUGGACCGGAUCCUGCGGCCCAGCGGUUAUGCCAUCAUCCGGGAAUCAAGUUCGCUGGCUGAUGCAGCCUCCAUCAUAGCCAAGGGCAUGAGAUGGAGCUGCCAUAAAGAAAAGACAGAAGACAAUUCUGAAAAGGAGAGAAUACUGAUCUGUGAGAAGAAGCUGUGGUACUCAUCGAACCAAAACUCGAGGUAACCGAUCAAGAUUCAGAUUUGAAGCAUUAAGAGAAAAACCGGCUAUUCUUCACCAAUCCCGAAGAUUGAUGAUCAGUACUGUAUCCUACUACUCAGACAGAGCCAAGAACCACAUUCAAAUUCAUCAAUUGAAGUAUAGUCAGAGGAGCAUAAUGCCAUUCUCGUUGAUCUAUAGAGCCCUUAUACCAUAGAUACAUAGAUAAUGUUCAUUUAGAGGCAUGAAGGUGCUUUAGUUUCUUUUGUUGUUUUUCUUUUUUUCAUCUGGGGUUGAUUUCCCCCCUAAUUCAUGAGUUCCUGCUUCAAGACGUGUUGGUAAGAAUCUGAACUGUAAGAUAGUCUCUAUUGUUCAGUAAAGUGUAGAGUUCGAGCCAUGUCGAAUCGGUGCUAUCUCAGUUCAUAUAUAAAUCGAAAUUGUGAUUCUUUUCA